AUGUGCACCUCAAUGGAAACAGUCUAUUCAGACAUGGACAGUUCCAGUUGUGACUACUCCUUUACGCAUACAGACGACGAGGAUUCACGCAGCAGUAUCCAGGCAGCAUCCCCUGCGUCUUCUUUUGGCAAGCCGGCAUCUCCCCCCAGUAGCCUCCAGGAGACCACGGCUGAGCUUCAGCAAAAGAAGAAACGCAGAGGGCGGGCGAGGAACGAAGCUACUGUGCACGUAGUGAAGAAAAACAGGCGCUUGAAAGCGAAUGACCGCGAAAGAAACCGGAUGCACAACCUCAACGAUGCUUUGGACACCUUGAGGAGCGUCCUCCCCGCUUUUCCGGACGACACCAAACUUACUAAGAUCGAGACCCUGCGCUUCGCCCACAACUACAUCUGGGCUCUGUCCGAGACCAUUCGCAUCGCAGAUCAGCGCCAGAACAAGUCAAGGGACUCACCCCUUCUGCUACCCGGACUAAGCUGCGUGGCAGACGCUCCGAGUCCAAGCAGCGAUGCUUGCUCGUGGGCGUCGAGCGCAUCCUCCUCCUCGUCUUCUCCUUCCUAUUGCACUUCAAACCCUGGCAGCCCGUCAACUAUAGACGAUUACGGAUAUCUGCAGACAGAAGCUGUUUAUAGCUACCACAACUUCGUUCAAGGCAUCUAUUAG